AUGGUUGAAUGCACCAAGAGAGUUGGAAUCGUUGGUAAAUACGGGACCUGCUACAGUGCCUCCCUCCAGAAAACGGCGAAGAAAAUCGAAAUCAGCCAGCACGUCAAGUAUACUUGCUCUUUCCAUGAUCAAACUGAGAUGAAGAGAUGAGCUGUGGGGAUGCACUGUGGUUCCUGCAUGAAGACAGUAGCUGGCAGUGCCUGGACCUCUAACACCACUUCUGCUGUCACAAGAAAGUCCACCAUCAGACGACUAAAGGAUUAA